GGUAACUUGAUUUUGACAAGAACAUUUUAUGUUUUGUAUUUUUGUACUGUAGCAUUUGAUUUAAUUUAAUGUGUUUUCGUGAUGAAAUUGUUUACGAUUAUUUAUAGAACUUUUUAGUCGUAAUUUUAUAAUUGUCAACUAUCAUGUCUUGCAAAAAAGGGGGCAAAACUAAAAAACAUUUACUCUUAGCUAAAUUAGCCACCGAUGAUAUUGGUUCUUGUUCAUUUUGUAAUCGAAAUAUUGACGAUGAAACUAUUUACGGCAAAUUGUACUCAAUCGGUGAUAUUUACUGUCAUUAUUUCUGUGUUCUAUUAUCAUGCUGUUUGAUACAAAAAGGUAAAGACAAUGAAGGUCUCUUUGGUUUCUUAUAUCCGGAUAUUGUAGCAGAAAUUGAGAGAAGUAAAAAACAUAAAUGUUCUUACUGUGGUAAAGAGGGCGCCACUCUCGGUUGCUCCGUGACACAAUGCAGGAAACAAUUCCACUUACCCUGCGGAAGAGAGAAAGAUGCUGUAUCAUUAUAUUAUGGGAAUUAUAAAUCCUUUUGUCAACUGCAUGCACCAAGACAAAAAAUCAAUUUAGAAAUAAUGGACAAAGUGAAAGAAAGGAUAUCAGCACAAAGAAAAAAAUCGAAAGAUAAAGAAAUCAGUGAUUUAAAUGAUAUACAAAUGAAUAUUGUAUGUGUGAUAUGCUAUGAGCCCGUAGAAGGCAGUCCAUCUAUAAACACAUUCUGGCCACCCUGUUGUGCGAGAGAUGCAUGGUUUCAUAGGAAUUGUUUGCAGCGCAUGGCAUUAAGUGCUGGGAUGCAUUAUUUAAAAUGUCCUUUGUGCAAUGACAAAGAGAUAUUUUUAGACGCUGUCAUGACACAAGGAUAUUAUGUUCCUGACAGAGACGCGGCAUGGGAGUUGGAACAUAAUGCGUACUCAGAGAUGUACGAGAUAAAUCUUAGUUGUUGUGCACUUGACUGUAAAUGUCCAAUGGGCAAGGAACAUGAUUCUGAUAAUGAAAAUGGAUUAUGGGAUAUAAAGUUAUGCAUAUUAUGCGGCGGUUGUGGUAUGCAUGACAAAUGUAUGGAAACAGAAAAUAAAAAGAAGGGAAGAUAUGUUUGUAUGACAUGCGCUCCCGCAGCACCUAAAGAUAUAGAUUCUCUUGCUGCUAGUAUUGAAACAGUUAUAGUGGGUGAGGAAAUUCCAUCACAAGUAAUGAGACGCGGCCCCGUGAUGCCGUGUCGUAUGUCAUUGAGACGAACUAAACAGAUAAAUAGGGCAUCAUGUUCGAAUAGUUUUAAUAUGAAACGUAUAGAUAGAAAUAAGGAAGAUGAAAAGCAAGAUGAUAUUAAAGAUGUUAAUACAUCUCGUAUGGAAUUAAAUUUAAAACCACCUAUUAGGUUAAAUUUUACACUAAUUCAACCGAAUAUAUUGAACGAUGUUGAUAACAUUUUAAUAUCACCAUUGAAAUUAUUGGAGAAAUGUUUACAUGAAAGAAUAAAGGAAAAUGAAUUUCUCGAAUUGGAUUCCAUGAAAUUGAUAAAGAUUAUGUCGGAGAAAUUUAAAAAACCAAAACCUUUGAUUGUAAAGAAGAAAAUUAUCAAUGAUUUAUUAGAAAAUGUUUUGGAUGAUUUGAAGAAAGAUAAAAUCAAAUCCAAUGAAUGUAUAAAUGAAUGGAACUCUCCUAAGAAAUGUGUCGAAAUUAAAGAUGACAAUAUUCAGAAAGAAGUUCCUUCUCAAAGUUUCAAUGAAAACCCAACUUUAAAUAUGGAAAAUUCACAAAUCAUAGAAGAACAAGACAUAAAAGAUAACACAGAAGAUAUAUUUACAACACCAAAAAAACUAAAACCGGUACAUAUACAAAAAGAUUCAACUAUGGAAAUAUCAGAAAACGAUCAAACUGUAAAAAUAGAAGUAAUAAAAAACGAAGAGAAUUCACCUAAUGAUUUAGAAAUGAAUUUUAUGAAAAAAAAUAAAUGUGCUUUCAAAUUUAAUCCAAAUAAAGAAGAAAUACACACAAACAUACAAGAUUUAGAUGUUGAAAGUUUUAAAAACCAUUAUUUGAACGAGAUAGAAAGAGAUAAAAACUGUAGCAAUAAUAAAAAAAAUAUAAAAAAUGAUGAAAAAUCAAAUAAGAAAAGAAAGUUGCCAAACAAUGAGAGAAAUUGCGACAGAAUGUAG